AAUUAAGCUCGUUGAUGGGGAAGCAGGGGCAAAGCUUUUAUAAUGUGUAUAAAAAGAAACGCCCCCAUCCCUGACCACUGCUACUCUGCCGCAUCACCGAAGCAGUAGGAGCACGAAGACGGAGAUGCAGUCGAGGACUAUGCCAUUGGAGGAAGUUAAGGAGUCUACAGUUACAGGCAGAACAAACCAAUCUAGGGUUUUCCCUCUGAGAAUUAUUCAGCUGUUUGUGCUGUUUGUGGUACUGUGUAUUUCCUUUUCAAUCAUUAGUAUAUACAUGAUUCCGCAUUUUGGAGUACGCACUGUUGUAACCAUGGCACAGCCCAGCUUACGGCCAUGUUUCGAAGAGCCGAACAGUUUACAGUGGUGGAUCAGGCCUCCAUCCAAUCUACUUCAUAAGAUGACUGACCAAGAGCUCUUCUGGAGGGCAUCUUUUGUGCCACGAAAAAAGAAGUAUCCUUUCAGCAGAGUCCCGAAGAUUGCAUUCAUGUUCUUGACUAAGGGGCCACUGCCACUUGCGCCUCUUUGGGAGAGGUUUCUAAAGGGCCAUGAAAAACUUUAUUCGCUUUAUGUACAUUCGCUGCCAUCAUUCCAUGCUCAAUUCCCAUCCUCAUCGGUUUUCUAUGGUAGACAGAUUCCAAGCCAGGUGGCAGAGUGGGGGAGGAUGAGUAUUUGUGACGCUGAGAGGAGACUCCUUGCUAAUGCAUUGCUUGAUAUUUCCAAUGAAUGGUUUGUACUUCUCUCCGAAUCAUGCAUUCCAAUCUACAAUUUCAGCUUCAUCUACCACUACAUUAAUAGAUCCAAGUAUAGCUUCAUUGGAGCAUUUGAUGACCCUGGGCCAUAUGGGAGAGGGCGCUAUGAUGAGAAUAUGGCACCUGAGGUGAACAUUACCCAGUGGCGAAAAGGUUCACAGUGGUUUGAAAUCAAUCGUAGGCUUGCAAUCAACAUAGUGGAAGACACCACAUUCUACCCAAAGUUUAAAUACUUCUGCAGACCAGCAUGUUACGUGGAUGAGCACUACUUUCCAACAAUGUUAACCAUUCAAGCUGCAAGUACUUUAGCAAAUAGAAGCAUCACUUGGGUUGACUGGUCUAGGGGCGGGGCUCACCCAGCCACAUUUGGAAAAGCGGAUAUCACAGAGGAGUUUCUAAAGAGACUUCUUCAAGGUCGCCACUGCCUCUACAAUAAUCACUCCUCUUCGGUUUGUUAUCUUUUUGCGAGAAAAUUUGCUCCAAGUGCCUUGGAUCCUCUAUUACGGCUGGCACCGAAGAUUUUUGGCUUUUGAAGGGAAAGAGAAAAGCAGUGGGAGGAGUCAAUGGGGGGACACAUUCAAUUUAGGCAUCUGAUAAGCCUAUGCCCAUUUAUGGUAUGCAGUCUCCUUCUUGUACACUUGAUAUUACAAUUUCCAGGGAUUUUUAGAUGUAUAGAAAAGUUUACACCCAAUUUUAGCAUCAGAGUCUUGUUCACAUGUUUGAGUUUAUAAUUUCUUGAUUUUUUACCCAAAUUUUGGUUAGUUGAACGGGGUUUGUGGUCAAUAUAGUGUUAUAUUAUUGCA